AUGAGCGAUCCGAAACAGCCAGAGAGCAUCAGCCCGUUUGGGCCUGCUCGCUCGACUAUCAAGGGGUCUCCUCUUUCAGAAGACGAAUUGAACAAGUACAAUGACUUCUUCAAGGCCAGUCUCUACCUCAGUCUGGGCAUGAUAUACCUCCGCGAGAAUCCGCUUCUCAAGGAGCCACUCAGGACACAGCACCUCAAGGCCCGUCUUCUCGGCCAUUUCGGUUCAGCCCCUGGCCAGAUCUUCACAUACAUGCACUUCAACCGGCUCAUCUCCAAGUACGAUCUCGACUCAAUCUUCAUUUCCGGUCCCGGUCACGGUGCUCCCGCCGUCUUGUCUCAGGCCUAUCUUGAGGGCACCUACUCCGAGGUCUAUCCCGAGACGUCGGAAGACGAGGAGGGCAUGCAUAGGUUCUUCAAGCAAUUCUCAUUUCCUGGCGGCAUCGGCUCCCAUGCCACUCCCGAAACCCCCGGCAGCAUUCACGAGGGCGGUGAGCUGGGAUACUCCCUAUCCCAUGCCUUUGGCGCCGUAUUCGACCACCCCGAUCUAAUUGCCCUUACAAUGGUGGGCGAUGGCGAGGCCGAGACAGGUCCCCUCGCGACGUCAUGGCACAGCAACAAGUUUCUCAACCCCAUUACCGACGGCGCCGUCCUGCCUGUCUUACACCUGAACGGCUACAAGAUCAACAACCCCACCGUUCUCGCCCGCAUCAGUCACAAGGAGCUGGAGAACCUGUUCCUCGGCUACGGGUACCAGCCGUAUUUUGUUGAGGGCGACGAAGUCAAUUCGAUGCACCAGGCCAUGGCCGCGACCCUUGAGCACUGUGUGAUGGAGAUCCGGAAAUUUCAGAAGCAGGCUAGAGAGUCUGGCAAGGCCUUCCGGCCAAUGUGGCCCGUUGUCAUCCUUCGCAGCCCCAAGGGCUGGACCGGCCCCCGCAAGGUCGACGACAAAUACCUGGAAGGCUAUUGGCGCGCCCACCAGGUACCCAUCACCGACGUGCACACCAAUCCGGAGCACCUCAAGCUUCUCGAGAAGUGGAUGCGCAGCUACGAGCCGGAUCGUCUGUUUGCCAACGGCAAGAUCAGUCCCGAACUCAAAGCCCUCUGCCCGACGGGUAACCGCCGCAUGAGCGCCAACCCUGUGGCCAAUGGCGGCCUGUUGCGGAAGCCCCUGAGGAUGCCCGACUUCCGCAACUACGCCAUCAAGGUGGACAAGCCCGCAGUUACCAUGGACGCCAGCAUGCAGAACGUGGCCAAGUUUCUCAGGGACGUUAUGGCUGCGAACCAAACAAACUUCCGUCUCUUCGGCCCCGACGAGACCGAGUCCAACAAACUCUCCAACGUCUACCAGGCGGGGAAGAAAGUCUGGAUGGGCGAGUACUUUGAAGAAGACAGCAAUGGCGGAAACCUCGCCCGGGAAGGCCGGGUGAUGGAGAUUCUCUCGGAGCACACCUGCGAGGGCUGGUUGGAGGGCUACGUUCUCAGCGGCCGCCAUGGUCUGCUGAACAGCUACGAGCCAUUCAUCCACGUGAUUGACUCGAUGGUCAACCAGGUACGCUCCCGCCCCGAUCCUCACUGCAAAUGGCUCGAGAAGUGUCUGGAGGUGGAGUGGAGAGCCAAGGUGGCCUCUCUGAACAUCCUUCUGACGGCGGUGGUGUGGAGACAGGACCACAACGGCUUUACGCACCAGGACCCUGGUUUCCUUGACGUCGUCGCAAACAAGAGUCCCGAGGUGGUGCGCAUUUACCUGCCGCCCGACGGGAACUGCCUGCUGUCCUGCAUGGACCACUGCCUGCGCUCGACCAACUAUGUCAACGUUAUCGUGGCGGACAAGCAGGAGCACCUCCAGUACCUGCCCAUGGAGGACGCCAUCGUGCACUGCACCAAGGGCAUCGGCAUAUGGCCGCAGUUCAGCACGGACCGGGGCGAGGAGCCGGACGUAGUCAUGGCGUCGUGCGGCGACAUCUCCACACACGAGUCGCUGGCCGCCAUCGACCUCCUGCUGCAGCACUUCCCCGAACUCAAGAUCCGGUGCGUCAACGUUGUUGACCUGUUCAAGCUCAUCUCACACGUCGACCACCCGCACGGCAUGACGGACGCGGAGUGGGUAUCGGUAUUCACGGCCGACAAGCCCAUCAUCUUCAACUUCCACAGCUACCCCUGGCUGGUACACCGCCUGGCCUACAAGCGGCCCGGAUCCUCGGCCAAUCUGCACGUGAGGGGUUACAAGGAAAAGGGCAACAUCGACACGCCCCUCGAGCUGGCCAUCCGCAACCAGACAGACCGCUUCAGCCUGGCCAUGGAUGCCAUCGACCGCAUCCCCCACCUGCGCAACCGCGGCGCGGCCGCCCGCGAAGCGCUGCACAGCGCCCAGAUCAAGGCCCGCAACGAGGCCUACGAGACGGGCAUCGACCCGCCGUUUUUGAAGAACUGGACUUGGCCGCAUACGGGCUUGUGGAAGGCGGCUAUUCCGAAGCUGAUGGGAUGAGCUUGGGCCUUUUGAUCUCUACAGGUUCUUUCGUACUGUACCCCUUUUCAAAAUACGAAAACGUGGAUACAGGCGUUCGACUGGAUGAUGAUCAAGUGAGCGUGUACUAGGAAGGGAGGGAGCCUAUUGAGAAGCGAUGGGGUACGCAAGUCUAAGAGAGCAGUUGAGUCCAGCGUUGGUGUUUAUCGUAGAAAUAGAAUAGGUUGAAUCCAGCUUUUUUUUGUUAAGUUGGGGAAAGCAAAUACAGGUUCAGAUGUUU